AGCUACUGUUUUGCUCGAGCCAUUUUGUGCCUUAUGCUGCCAGUCGACUCUGAGAACUUCUCGUGUUGCUUGUAUUGUAGUUAAGAAAAUAAUUUCAGACUUAAGAAUCAAGAGGCUUAGUUAACAUAAGGAACAUCAUUCCAAUAUUAUUCUUUAACAACAAUUUAAAACAUAGAAUUCAGGUUUAGAGAGCAGGAUUAGGGUACUAAAAUAAAUUGAAACCCAAUCUCAACUGUGACCGAGGUACCAGCACAGACGUUUCCACAAAAGACUUUCAAUAGGAAUCUUAAUACAGCUGAUUAACUUUUUCAUUAAUGAAGGUGUUACCAUGAGUGCAGAAGAUAAAUCAAAAGAAGCACUUGCAUAUACGUCCGAGACAAUGUGGUGGGGCACCCUUGGGUCCAUUCGCCCAUAUCCAAAUUUCCGUCCCGAGAAAGAUGUGUCUCACCUUCAAGCAGCUCUGGACAAGAAAGAUUUGAACACCCUUGUGGGAAUAAUAACCAAUCGCAGUAAUGCUCAAAGACAAUCUCUGGCCCGAGUCUACAAGACUUUAACACAAAAGGAACUGGAUGCAAGUCUAAAGAAGGCUCUGUCCGGUGAUUUGCAGUCUCUGAUAUUAGGUCUGAUGAUGACACCAGAGCGGUUUGAAGCCCAUCGCUUGCACAAGGCCAUGGAGGGUGCUGGUACAAAUGAAGACACUCUUUUGGAGAUUUUGUGUACAAGGACACCGCAGCAGCUCUCUGACAUCAAGGCUGCAUACAAUCUAGAGUAUAAGCGGGAUUUGGAGAAAGACUUGAUCAGUGAAACUAGUGGAGAUUUUUCAAAGCUCAUCGUGGCUUUGUUGAAGAAAGAGAAUGGGUCAGGAGUUAUAAACCAAGAUGUAAUGGCUCUAUCUGAGGAGCUCAAAAACAAGAAACCUGCUGCUGAAAUUUGGAUCAGCAUACUCACCACAAGACACCCAGACCAUCUUAACACUGUGCUGAGUAAACUGGAGUUUGAGAAAGGCCAGACAAUGGAUGAAGCUUUAGAGGGACACUUUAAAGGAGCUCUUUCUGGAGACCUGAAAAAGGGCUUAAAGACACUAGUACGAUGUAUACAGAAUCAACAUCUAUACUUGGCCCAGCGGAUCCAAACUAUGAAAGGACCGGUGGUUCAGGGUGUGAUGGUGUCUCACAGUGAGGAAGAUCUGCUGAGAGUUAGAGUGGCAUACCUUCAAUCAACAGGGACCUCACUGUACACUACCUUACAGAAGCAGUUUAAAGGUGAACUCCAGCAGGCUUUGUUGGCUAUAUGUCGUGCCGAAGAUUAGCAACACAUCAAUAGUGCAAAUAUGUGGAAAAGGGUUGUGUAUAUUAUAGAUUAUGAUCUUCUAAGUAAAUACAAUGAGAGCACAUUUCCUCCAUGUAAAUAACUGUUAAAAACAGGUUUUGAUUCAGAAAAUCUGAAAAUAAAAUGUUUCUGAGCAUUGUAGUACUGCCCUUUAUGAAUCACUUAGAAUCUCUGGUUUCUUAUUUGCCUAUAAGCAUUUUAAGAGGACAAGCAGAAUUUAUAAGAGAACCUCUGAUAUAGCCUAUAUAUAUAUAUAUAUAUAUAUAUAUAUAUAUAUAUAUAUACAGAUUUUGUAUCAAAUAAUGUACAGAUUUUGCUCUUAUGGAAAGAAAUUGGUACUUUUAUUCACCAAAGUGGCAUUCAACUGAUCACAAUGUAUAGUCAGGACAUUAAUAACGUGAAAAAUUACUAUUACAAUUUGAAAAAAAAAUUACUUUAAAGAGUUCUCAUCAAAAAUUUACAGCUUUGCAGAUCCUUGGCAUUCUAGCUGUCAGUUUGUCCAGAUACUCAGGUGACGUUUCACCCCACGCUUCCUUUAGCACUUGCCAUAGAUGUGGCUGUCUUUUCGGGCACUUCUCACGCACCUUACAGUCUAGCUGAUCCCACAAAAGCUCAGAGGGAUUAAGAUCCAUAACACUCUUUUCCAAUUAUCUGUUGUCCAAUGUCUGUGUUUCUUUGCCCACUCUAACCUUUUCUUUUUGUUUUUCUGUUUCAAAAGUGGCUUUUUCUUUGCAAUUCUUCCCAUAAGGCCUGCACCCCUGAGUCUUCUCUUUACUGUUGUACAUGAAACUAGUGUUGAGCGGGUAGAAUUCAAUGAAGCUGUCAGCUGAUGACCUAAUAUUGACCUUAAGACAUGCCAGUCUAUUGCAUACUGUGGCAACUCAAAAACAAACACAAAGACAAUGUUAAGCUUCAUUUAAUGAACCAAAUAGCUUUCAACUGUGUUUGAUAUAAUGACAAGUGAUGUUUUACUACCAAAUUAGCAAUUUAGCAUGAUUACUCAAGGAUAAGGUGUUGGAGUGAUGGCUGCUGGAAAUGGGACCUGUCUAGAUUUGAUCAAAAAUGACAUUUUUCAAAUAGUGAUGGUGCUGUUUUUUACAUCAGUAAUGUCCUGACUAUACUUUGUGAUCAGCUGAAUGCUAUGGGAUCAAAAUCCCAUCAAAUGUAUUGUGAUCACGGAUCCAAAAAUAAUAAGCGUGAAUCAAAAUAAUAGGUGGAGAUAAAAAAUUACAACAAUAAGCGCAAAAAUAAAUAAAAUGUGCAAAUCAAAAUAAUACGCGCAGAUCAAAAAAUUACAAGCAUGAAUCAAAAAUAUAUAAACACAUUUAAAAUAUGCUGCAAAAAAAAAGAAAGAAAGAAAAAAAGAAAAGAAAAGAAAAAUUAAAGCAAAGUCAUCAGAAUUGCAAACAAAAUCAUGUUUUCCUUGGUUAUAUUAAUGUUUUUUUUUUUUUUUUUGCUCUCUGACAAUUUUGCUCACAUUUUUUUUUCUUUUUUAUUCGCUUACGCUGUAUUUUUCUUUGCUUUUGUUUCCAAGUCCUGUGCUUGGUUUUCCAAAACUUGUGAGUGAAGUUUCAUUUAAAUCAGGGGGCGUUUUGCAUCCCUGUUGAUCCACUAGUUCUUGAUCAACAGCUCUUCCUCUAGCCAGUCAUUCUAAGAGGAGAGGUGAAGUCACUCCAAUGCAACUCUGACGGCUGCUGCUCGAUAUUAUAUUAUUUGUGGUUGAUAGAUACACUGCUUGUGUCUGUUUUGAGUAUUUUCUGCCAGCUCUAGGAAACAAUGUGUUGUCUGAGUAGGCCAUUAUCAUAGUCCGUUAACACGUGUAUCAUGUUCUUACUAGCUGUACCAAUGUAGUCACGAGUUCAGAACCCAACUUGAUCUGCUUUUCCAUAAAAUAAAAUCCAGAUCCCAACACCAAGGCCUAUUACAAUACUGAUGAAUAUAGAAAUGCUUACAUAUAAUUGGACUUUUUUUUAUUAUUCUUAUGUCAAAAAUCUAAAAGGUGCGCAUUAUUGCUGACACCUACAUGCACACUUUGAAGUUGCUUGUAUGACUGUAAGUAAUUUGCUUCAAAUGUUACUGAAGUUGUAUAUUCUAUGUUAUGGAAAUGUUUGUAAAUGUUUUGGAUAUGUAUGUUCCAAUGUUGCCUGUAUUAGAGACGGUCCCUAAAUUUGCGACUAUUUGUGAAUAAAGAACGUCCAACCUCAAGCCAACUUUACUGCAUUAUUUAUUGACGUGGGUACACUUGGUCACUUGUUUCUUAUUUCGCUACAGUAUCGUGGAAAAAGAAACUACAUGUAGCUGUACCAAAGAUGCCAAUGUAGGAUCAGUACAUAAUGGCACAUUCAGCAACAUGGAAAAGCGGAUCAAGUUGGGUUCUGAACUCAUGACUACAUUGGUACAGCUAGUAAAAACAUGUAUCAAACAUCCACACCAACCCAGCCUUGUUUUUUUUUUUUUUUAGAUAUGCAGCCAAUAACCUACAAACAAGGAAGUCUUAAAUAAUGCCUAAACUAAAACUCUGCUAACUAAAUUCAUCUGACUCGAUACACGUGUUAACGGACUAUGAUAAUGGCC